AGCCCACGACGGAAAGUGAUACCGCCGCGAGAAGAGUUGUAGCCGUAUAAGAGCAGAGCACCCCAAACCGGCCGCAGCAGCCGCAGCGCCGACCCGCCGUCGCGCCCCUGCUUCUCUUCCUACUCUGCGCCGCUUCCACCCCAAUCCCCACCGGCCAGCGCCUCGAUGAGCCGCCGUGAUCACCAGUGGCCUCGCCCCGGCCACGGUUACGACCCUCGCGCCGCCGCCGCCGCGCAGUGGUAUGGUGCCGCCUCGACGUCCUUCCCCAACCCCGGCGCGGCGCCGAUGCACGGGAUUAACCCCUACGCCUUCGCCCCUAACCCCCUGUUCGCGGCGAACCUCCUCUUCCAGAACCCCGCUGCCCUAGCUCCCUACCAGCAGCAGCUGCUGCUGCAGCAGGCGCAUCACUUCCCCUCCCAUGCCUACCACCAAACCCCUACCUCCAACAUCCAGCACCGCCCGACUAAAGCCGCUGCAUCCGCCUCAUCUGUGCCAGCGCCCCCCCAGCCACAGCAGCAGCAGCAGCCGCGCCAGCAGGCUGCUCUCGAUCGAGCACAAGUGGCGGCGAGGAAUGCCCGGGAGGAGCUCGUGAAGAACGGGGAGGGUGUCACGGGUUGGAAAGUUGUGCAGGCGGUGCUGGUGGCGCUCAAGGUCGAUUCGUGGGACUCCCUCGGCAUCCAGCUCCAGGACGUGCCUCUCCUACGAGACCUCUUACUCAUAGAGGGCAAGGUGAAUGCAUUCAUCCAUUGCUAUGUUGCUGCAAGAAAAAUUGUAACGAUUUCUGAUCUAGAGGUUGAGAUAUGCAAGAAUGAGGGGGUUGGGCAGUUUGAAGAGCUGGGACUGGGGCCUUUCCUUCAGCACCCACUUGUUGCACAUUAUUUUUCAGUGCCAUCUGAUUUGUCUAAGGUGCCUAAGCUUAGUAGCGAGGAGAUUAUCAGUUUCCUGCAGAAAUUUGUGGACAAAUCUAAGAAGAAAAUCACAGUGGAAGAUUUCUUGGAUCAUCUUUCCGAGCAAAAAUCAGUCUCUGGAAAGGAAGAACUUGGUGUGCGGGUACAGAGCUUGGGGUUGCAUAUUUCCUUACUCCGGCAGGCCAGGCAAACUGAAGUGUCUACUGUUAAGCUUCUAGGAAAUAAGAGUGGGUCUGGCCAUAGUAGUGAAGAGAAGUAUUUGUCGAAAAAUACAAAUUUCCAUACUCACAAGAAGGUGUUGGACAAGAGGUUCAAUUCUCUAACUAAUCGUAUAAAGCAGUUACCUGGGAUCAAUAAACAUAUCCAUUUUGAUUUAACUGAUGAUGAAAUUGAUGGCGAUACUAGUUCUGAGGAUGAUAAAAGUGAUGACAAUGAGGGUAAGAAUGGAUGUUCUGUUCUUGAUAAAAAGGACGGUGACAACCGUGUAAAUAGUUGUCCAUAUCCUUCAAAAACCGAAGAAAUGGAAAGGCUUGGUUUGAAAUCAAAAAUUAAGAAAAGGCCAGCUGUAGCGAGAAGAAAGGAAAGACAGCGUGAACAAAAGGCGAUUGUAAGAGAAAAAAGGAAGUUCGAAGAAAACGAGAGUCCUAGCUCUUCGUGCAAGCAGCCUAAGAAGCAGCAAAAGUUGCAAAAGCAUGAAGCUUCACCGAAUUGUUUCCUAAGCAUAGGUAAGCUGGAAAAUUUUAUAACAACAUGGAAGGAAACAUGUCGUGAGCAUCCAGUUCAGCAGGUUUUGGAAAUGAUAGCAAAUUACUAUGGAGGAUCACCAACGGAGAAGAAGAAAAUAAUAAAUUUCUGUUCACAGUACCCAGGCAUUGGCCUUCUCAAUGUUGCUGUUAAAUCGAUGGGAUGUGGUCUGCUGGAUAGUAUUUACGAUGUGAUACAACUUUCUAGUGAGAAUAACGUGUCUUCAAGCCCUCUUCAUAACACCACCACAGAGGUUAUGGAAAUUGAGUCUCCGAGUAACGAAAAUACUAGUUGUAUUGGUAAUAGAACCAAUAAUAGGAGUGAAGACAAUGGGACUGGACAUAGUGUUUCUAUUGAUGAUGUCAUCAGGAGGAUUACAGAAUAUAUUGAAUGCGACAGUAAAGUCUCUGAUGAUGUGGCUUUGCAAGUGAGGGCACUUCACGAUUGUGAAACAUGGGUAACUACUCAAUUUUCAGCGAAUCAAUUUAGUGCUCUUGGGCAUGGGACAUUCCUUCAAUUUUUGGAGAAACAUUGUCAUCACUUCAUCACUACUUUGAGUAGUUUCUUGAAGGGGGGUAAUUGUGAUUCUUCGUCUCUGGAAGUUUCUGUACUACAGAAGCAAGUUCAAGUUUUACUCUGUCAAGCUGAGAGUAAUUGGAUGGAAGACGGUGACUUUUCAGAGGAUAGUUUAGUUAUGAUUCUUAAAAGGCAAUUUCCGACAAUUAGCUUUGAUGUCGUGCAAGACAAAUCUGGGGAAGGACUUCUUGGCUAUAUUAAGAGGCAGGGAAAAAACAUACAAACAAAUAGUUUUAAAUUCUCCAUCUCAUUGUUGGAGAAACGGUGGUCUGGAACUUUGCCAGGUAGACAUGAAAAUGUUGAUGGGCUAAUGAGUGAUGUUGCUGAACAAUAUUAUUAUGGUGGAACAGUAUGCUCACGAGAGGCAAUUAAUUGUUUACUGAGGGCUCCUAUGUUGUCUGACCUGCAUAUUUGGUCCCAUUGGGAUCUGCUAUUUGCUCCUACACUGGGCUCCUUUCUACAUUGGUUGCUGACUACUGGCCCUAUUCAAGAGCUAUCAUGCAUUGUGACUGCAGAUGGUAGGUUUAUUAGAGUAGAUCCAUCAGCCACAGUUGAUCAAUUCUUGGAAGCCAUUAUUCAACGCUCACCAUUUCAAGUGGCAGUGAAACUGCUUUCACUGCUAUACAUUUAUGACGGUUCUACAAACACCCCAAUGGCAUUGCUAAAAUGUUAUGCACAGCGAGCAAUAAAGCUCAUAUUAGACAACAACCAUGAUUUUAUGAACACUAAUCUUGAGAACCCUCAGGUGUCUUCUGCAAAAAGUAUCAGGUCUGACAGCUUGCCAGACUUUGAUGAUGUAGUUCAUUUGAUUGCAAAAUUUGUACUUGACUGUCUUGGUCAUUUACCUUCGGAGUUCCGUAGUCUUGCAGCAGACAUACUAUUGGCAGGACUUCGGGUUGUUACCAAGAACUGCUAUUCAGUCAUGUUGCAUGAAGCCACUGAAGAUUGGCAGCUUUGCAUGCUUCAUGAUAUUGGCUUGUCACUUGGAAUUGCAGAAUGGGUUGAAGAUUGCCGUAGAUUGUGUUUAACUGAAGAAGUUCAUGAGCAGAAAGAAACACAUUCUUCUGCCAAGCUUACAUCAGCUGCAUCUGAGGAUGAAAGUUCUAACAUGCUUAUUUCUAUUGAUGUUGAUAUGAUGGAUGAGAGAAGAAAAUUGUUACCCGUCACAAAUGAUCAAGUUGGUAUAGACAAUAAAGACAAUAAGGUGUUAAAUCAUGUUGGAACUGAGGCAAAUGUUGCAGAAGUACAUACUAACAUAUCUUCCAUGAUGGAAGAAUCAAAUCAUGAGGAAGCGUCUCUUGUUAUUGAGACUAUACGCCGUGAAGAAUUUGGUCUUGAUCAGGCACUAAGUUACACUGAGAAUAGCUUGUUGAAGAAGCAGCAUGCUCGACUUGGCAGAGCAUUGCAUUGCCUUUCACAAGAACUAUAUUCCCAGGAUUCUCAUCUACUUCUUGAGCUGGUACAGAAUGCUGACGAUAAUGCAUAUCCUGAGGAUGUUGAACCAACAUUAGCGUUCAUUCUCCAGGAGAAUGGUAUUGUUGUUCUAAACAACGAGAGGGGCUUCUCUGCUGAGAACAUUAGAGCACUUUGUGAUAUUGGUAACUCGACAAAGAAAGGAUCAAACCAGGGUUAUAUCGGAAAUAAAGGCAUUGGAUUUAAAUCAGUUUUCCGGGUAACUGAUGCUCCGGAGAUCCAUUCAGGUGGUUUCCAUGUGAAAUUUGAUAUCACUGAUGGCCAGAUUGGUUUUGUGUUGCCAACUGCAGUUCCACCUUUCAAUACCACUUCUUUUAGUAGAAUGUUAUCCAUUGAAGAUGACAAGGAUGCCUGUUCCUUGUGGAACACUUGCAUUUCACUUCCUUUCAGAUCAAAAUUUAGGGAGGGCACUGGUAUGUGCUCCAUUGUGUCUAUGUUUUCAGAUCUACACCCAUCUCUUCUGCUGUUCCUUCACCGACUAAAAUGUAUCAAGUUUAAGAAUUUGCUUGACGGCACACUUCUGAUUAUGAGAAGGGAGGCUCUUGGUGAUGGCAUUGUGAGAAUCUCUCAUGGAAUUGAGACAAUGAGUUGGUUGGUGGUCAGUAAGAGGUUAAAAGGUACCAUUGUGCGCCAUGAUGUGUGCUCCACAGAGAUUGCUGUGGCAUUUACUUUGCAGGAGACUGAGGAAGGAGAUUAUGAACCUUACUUGAAGCAGCAACCUGUGUUUGCUUUUCUUCCUCUAAGGAAUUACGGCCUUAAGUUCAUUCUUCAAGGAGAUUUUGUUCUACCUUCUUCCAGAGAGGAAGUGGAUGCGGACAGUGCAUGGAAUCAGUGGUUGUUGUCUGAAUUCCCCUCUUUGUUUGUCAGUGCCCAAGAAACCUUUUGUGCUCUUCCCUGUUUUCAGAGGUGCCCUGGAAAAGCUGUCACAGCCUUCUUGAGUUUUAUUCCUCUAGCGGGAGAAGUUCAUGGAUUCUUCAGCCACCUCCCUCACUUGAUCCUUUCCAAGUUGCGUCUGACCCGCUGCAUGUUUCUGGAUGGCUCUACUUUGCAAUGGGUCUUUCCAUGCAAUACACUUAGAGGUUGGGAUGAACAAACAAAAAUGCUAUUGUCCAAUGGCUUACUUCAUGAACAUCUUGGUCUUGGUUACCUCUCAAAAGAUAUUGUUAUGUCUGAUAAUUUAUCUAGGGCCCUAGGUAUUCAUGAUUAUGGACCAAAUAUUUUGAUAGAUACCAUCUCAUCUAUUUGUCAAACUGAUGGUUGUAUUGAAUCAUUGGGUCUGGAAUGGCUAUGUGCAUGGUUUGCUACCCUUUAUUUGAUGUUGCUUUCUCAUUCUUCUCGAAAUGUUUCCUUAACAAGAAGCCUCGAAGAUGAUCUGUUGAAUACAGUUAAGAAAAUACCAUGCAUCCCACUUUCAGACGGUUCAUUUAGCUCUGUUGCAGAUGGUCCUAUAUGGUUGCCAUAUGAUAUUGUCAAUUCCAUUCCUGAAUGCAGAAAUAGCAUUCAGAAUUUUCCAGUUCUGUAUAGCAAUCUUCGAACUGUAAGUCCUCAUCUUCUAUCUGCGUCCUGCAAAAAUAAAUACCUCCUUGAAGAAGUCAGAACAAAUGAUCUGGUAGAUAUUCUGCAAAAGAUUGGGGUGCGAAAGUUGUCUGGGCAUGACAUUAUUAAAAAUCACAUCAUGAUUUCCUUGCGUAAUGGUUUAGAUUCUAAUACAGCUGAUAAAAUGGUUAGAGAGUAUGUGAGCUUUAUUAUGGUUCAUCUUCAAUCUUCUUGCACCAGCUGUAACUUUGAAAAAGAAGAGAUAGUGUCAGAACUACGGAAGAGGCCUAUAUUCCUUACAAACCAUGGAUACAAGUGUCCAGCUGAUGAACCAAUUCACUUCAGUAAAGAUUAUGGAAAUUCUGUGAAUGUUGGCAGGCUGCUUCAGAAUGUGGAAAUUAAUUGGAUUGAACUUGAUAGUUGCUAUUUGAUGCAUUAUGGUUCAAAAUCAUCACCUUUUGAACUGGAAAAAUGGAGGCGAUUUUUUGAGGAGAUGGGUGUGACUGAUUUUGUGCAGGUAGUGAAAGUUGAGAAAAAAACAUCUCUAGUUGAUUCUUUUCUAGCGGGAGACCAUUCUCUAGCUGAUGUAUCUGCAAAACCAAGUACCGUGUAUGACUGGGAGUCACCAGAACUAUCUAGUAUUUUAUCAAUAUUUUCUUUGAAAAAAUGCUGGGAAAAUUGUGUAUAUCUUCUGGAGGUUCUUGACAGAUUCUGGGAUGAUCAUUAUAGUGCUAAAGCUAGGAGCCUCACAAAUGCCACACAUUGUGGUGAAAACAGAACAGUUGAAUCGUCAUUUUUGAAGUGUAUCCAAAGCUUCAAAUGGGUAGCAUCAAGCAUGGAUGAGGAUCUCCAUUAUGCAAGAGAUUUAUUCUAUGAUUGUGAUAAUGUCCGCUCUCUUUUUGGCAGUAUGGCGCCGUAUGCCGCACCACAGGUUUCUAGCAGUUCACUUAGGAAGGACAUUGGCUUCAAAACAGAGGUAUCCUACUGUGAUGCGUUGAUGGUCCUGAAGUCUUGGAUGACAUCACAGGCUCCCUUUAGUGCAAGUAUGAGCCAGAUGUGCAAACUCUACACAUUUUUGUCAGAAGGUGUGGCAGACUCGAAGAUUGACAUUAAACGGGACUUCUUGUCAUCCCCCUCUAUAUUUACACCACUACAACGUCCUCGGUCAAGUGAGGUUAUUCCUGGGAAGUUCUUGCCACCAAAAGACCUCUAUUGGCAUGACCCAACAGGAUGUUCUGAAAUAACAGAGGAAUUUGUUGCGACGAAAAGCAGAAGCAUGUUCCCGAGAAGAAUGUUGUCUGCAGCCUAUCCAAGCCUUUGUGAAUUCUUUACUGAAGCAUGUGGUGUACCAAAGGUGCCAACAACAUCCAAUUAUGUUGAGAUGCUUAUACGGCUGUCAACUGCUGCAUUGCCUUCACAAGCAGCCAACCAUGUCUUUCGUGUAUUUGUGAGAUGGGCUAAUGAUCUGCAUUCUGAAAGUGACAAGACUGAUGAUAUAUUGUACUUGAAAGAAUCUCUUCAGAAAUUAGAAACAACAAUAUUACCUACCACUGUUGAUAAAUGGGUCUCUCUGCAUUCUUCCUUUGGCCUUGUUUGCUGGGUAGAUGAUGAUGAGUUGAAGCAUCAGUUUAAAAAUUCUAGUGAUGUGAGCUUCAUACAAUUUGGCGACCUUUCCUUUGAGGAUAGGCAAAUGCUGAAUGGAAGAGUUGCUGCUUUGAUGAAAAGCUUAGGUAUUCAAGCACUCUCUAAGGUUGUGUAUCGAGAAGCAAUAUUUUAUGGUACAGCGGAAAACAGAGAAAAAGUUUCUAUAAUUUGUUGGCUUUUGCCAUAUAUGCAACGGUACAUCUAUAAGAUGCAUAGAGAUACUUAUAUCAGCUUCCAGCAAAAUGAGGUCACAAAGCUCCGCAAUCUGCAAGUAGUUGUUGUUGACAAGUUAUUCCACAAGUAUGUGCUGAAGGGACUUGAGGGUUCUUCUAAGAAAAGAUUCAAAUGCCAUUGCCUUUUGCAGGGAAAUACGCUGUAUGCUACACAAGAUGCUGAUUCACAUUCAGUGUUUUUGGAACUCUCUAGGAUUUUCUUUGAUGGAUCCCCUGAUCUGCAUUUUGCAAAUUUUCUACACAUGAUAAAAACCAUGGCAGAAUCUGGCACGUCUGCUGAGCAACUAGAGUCUUUUAUCAUUAAUAAUCAGAAUGUGCCCGAGUUACCUGAGCACGAAGCGGUCUGGUCCUUCUCUUCAUUGUCUGCAACCAACCAAGGUACAGCCAACCAAGAAGUUGAUCCCCAGGGAGUUAAAUUCCAACCUCCAUGUGAAUUCAAUGCUCCCAAUCAUCAGAAGGCACCAGUAAUGAUGUCAAGUUGGCCUCUUAAUUAUUGGAGAACAGCACCUGCCUUCAAAACACCUCUCAUGAGCCAUCAAGCAUGCACGCAAGAGGCAAUGGUGAAUGAUGCUGGACCUUCAUCAGACUUCAGCAUGCCUGCUCUGUGUGGACACACCGAAGACACUUUACUUUCGGUUGAUCUUGAUGGGGAUUGGAUCAUAGAAGAGAAUUCAAGGACCGAAACUAUAUUACUUGCAGAUGGUACAGCCACAAUCCUCGAUGAGCCUCAGAUGGUGAUGUCUGUUGACCGUUCUAAUGGACCUGCUUAUUCGGAUGCCGAGGCUGGAAGUUCAAGCCCAACAGUUCGUGUUGAGCUAACAAAUUUCAACGACAAACCGGCCAAUCUUGUAGAAGAGAGGAAUAGGCUGACUCCAGAUGCAAGCCAGUUGAAAACAGGGAGACUUGGUGAAGCAGUGGUCCACAAAUAUUUUGCUCAGCAGCUAGGAUGCAACAAUGUGAGGUGGGUGAAUGAAAAAAUUGAAACCGGACUGCCAUAUGAUAUUGUUAUCACACACAGCGAAGGUUUCACGGAGUAUGUGGAGGUUAAGACAACAGUGUCUUCAAGAAAAGAUUGGUUCGACAUCUCAUCAAGGGAAUGGCAGUUUGCGUUGGAGAAAGGUGAUCAAUUUAGCAUUGCUCGUGUUAUUCUGUCAAGUACGAAGAAAGCAAGUAUCGAGAUGUUAAAAAAUCCGGACAAGCUUUAUAAGCAGAAAACAUUACGUCUUGGUCUCCUGAUAUCCAGAUAGCAUUGCGUCUUGGCCAGUUUUCUUGAGGCUGACUUUUCUGCAGAUUGAAAUCUGUUCUGAGUCUUCAGUACAGGGGACUGGGUCGAGCCUCGGUCUACAGUAGGCUCACUCUUCUAUACUCUGAGGAAUCUUCUCCAUAGAAGUCUUGACCAUGUCAUCUGCUUUUGUAACCCGAUCUGAAAUUUGGGUGCACAAUGUGUCAGAUUUUGUUCUUUUUUUCCCCAUUGUUUCAAAGGUGGAUAGUGUAACUAGACGUGAAAUUGUACAGAAAUUGAGGUAGUCUGAUUCUACCAUGUACAGAAAUUGGAUAGUGCAGCUAGUGAUACUAGAAGGAUUCACAAUUCCGAA